AAAUUCUAUCACUGUGAUGUAAUAAGAUGGGUCAGUGGCAGUUACACUGAUGAGAUCUACAAGAUUAGAUACUGUCUUAAGCCAAUCUCUUUUGAGAUAUAAAAGACAGAAGUGAACAGAGAGGCGUGGAGACCUCAUACUACCAAGAAAGCAGUGCUGGGAGCAAAGCGCAUCCUUUGGACCUGAGGUUCCUGCACCGAGAUGCUCCCAGACCAAGGGAAGACUGAUGCAACACAAGGGCCUUCCUCCAGAGUUCAUAGGCCAGGGAAUUUCUACACUGAGGUAACACCAUUGGCUCCAGCAUCUGCUAAUCUCUGCCUCCAGGUUCAAAAGCUCAUACUCUCAGCUGUACAUAAGAUAGCAGUCAUGGAAGGAGAAAAUAUGAGUUUCCCAAAUGCGUUUAUCUUGUUGGGCUUCUCAGAUCAUCCGUGGCUAGAGAUGCCCCUCUUUGGAGUGGUCUUAGUCUCCUACAUCCUGACUCUGAUGGGAAACAGCUCCAUCAUCCUUCUCACCCUGCUGGAUCCUAGACUUCAGACUCCUAUGUACUUCUUCCUAGACAAUCUUUCUGUGCUGGACCUCUGUGUCACCACCACCAUUGUACCCCAGCUGCUGGUCAACCUCUGGGGAACAAAAAAGGUGAUUGCUUACUGGAGCUGCUUCACACAGGCCUACCUCAUCCACUGGACGGGAUGCACUGAAUGCAUCCUGCUGGCAGCAAUGGCCUUUGAUCGCUACGUGGCUAUCUGCCGGCCACGCCAGUACACUGUCAUCAUGCGUCCCCAGAUGUGUGUGCAGCUGGCAGCUGCCGCCUGGGCCAGUGGCUUAGCCAAUUCUCUGCUCCAAGCCACCCUUACCCUUCAACUUCACCGCUGUGGUCACCACACCAUAGACCACUUCUUCUGUGAGGUGCCUGUUCUGAUCAAGCUAGCCUGUGAAGACACCACUGCUAAUGACUUGUCCUUAUCCAUGGGAGCCAUCCCCUUUGCACUGGUAGCUCCAUUUCUUGUGCUGGUCUCCUAUGCCUUCAUUGCCAGGGCUGUGCUGAAGUUAUCUUCAGCUGAAGGAAGGCGCAAGGUUUUCAGCACCUGCAGUUCCCACAUGGUCGUCGUCACCAUGUAUUAUGGGCCUGCCACCUACCUGUACCUCCAGCCACCAGCCAAGAGCACCCAGGCCAAAUUCAUGUCCUUCAUCUACUGUAUUAUCCCCCCACUGCUGAAUCCACUUAUCUACACCUGAAGAAACAAGGAUGUGAAGAGGGCAUUAAAGAGGAUUCUACAGUUCCACGGAGGGAUAAAAUCCUAAAAAGUGUAAAAGUCAUAAAAAUCCUGCCUCUUAGAACAGCCACAUGCAAACUUUCAAUGAGUACUGCUACUUCGGUGCUUCCAAAGGAAUACCCAAGAACUUCAGGGAAGGAUGCCCAUAUCUCAUCAACCACCCUGAUGUUUAGGGAAACUCAUCUUAUCAGAAAAUGCUAUCUUCUAAAAGCUCAGAUAGAGCCAUUGUAUCCCAACUGUUACCAAAUGCCCUGUUUUCAGUGGACAGGAAAAUCAGGAAUGUUCACGCCUCUGUGGGAGGAUGAAUGACGCCAUCUUUUUCACGUUUCCUCUUACUUGCCUGGCACUCUCCAAGUAAAUGUGAUUUAAAAAACAAGAUUUUUAAAGGACACUUGCAUUGGAUUUAUCACAUCUCCUGCACAAGUUUCUUUUAAACCUGUCCUGGUUUAUUUGCUCUUAGUCACUCGCAAACUCUUCCCUUCCUCAAACACCGGGCUACCCUACAUUUUACCACAGUCGUACUUCAUCGAUUCCCUCUACUCCUUUUUGAUCAUUUGUUUGAGACAAUAAUUUCACCUUCAAGACAAAAAUAAUUUAAUUUUCUUUCAAUUAAUGUAGGACGGAUAAAACAUGAUUCAACAUGCAUUCAUAUUGCAUCCAUGUGUAUGAAUCAUCACCUGCAUUUGUCUAGUUUCUGCAUUUCACUGUAAGCUUUUAAACAUUCAGGGAAUCUCUCUUCCUUAGGAUACUGAUCAAUAAAUAUUAAGCUCUAAAUACUUAAAACUAUAAUGUGGCCCUGUGCUUGAACUGAGGUUUAAACUAAGGGGUAAAUAAGUACAAAGGUGAUGUGAACAGGAAACACGGAAUGUUACUUUUGGAUUUGUUUUAUGCACCGGCUAAAACCAUGGGUGACUCCCUUUGUUAGAUGAUGUCUACUUUUGAUCUCUUGUUACAAAGAAAGAGGUAGGGAUUUUAGUUCAUUAAGAAACAUGAAUCAGGCUUUUAUACUGACACUUUAUUCUUUACCCAGUAAUACUAUUUAAGAGCAGAUAUUACCAAAAUUAUCUUCAACCAUCUUCUUUGUGAGCUGUCUUCCUUUUUUCAUACAUCUGCAGAAAUAGAUUCCUCGGCCCAACAUUUUAGGGAUGGAGACAAUGCUUUCCUCAAAAUGAAAUAUCUGCUUCAAAGAGGUAAUGGCCCUGAACUCUCCUUUAAACUUCCUUAGAUCAGAGAUGACUUUCCAGGAUGAUAUACAGUCAGAACUCCAUUAGCUCAUUCGAAUCAGGUCUAAUGGACAGGUUUGUCUCUUAUCUUUAAUAUAUUAAACAUUAAGCAGGAACUUUUUUUAGAAAUUCUGAAAACAUAAACUGUACCAUUUGUUGUAACCUUUUAAUUUUUUCUUUCUGAGGAGCCCUGGUGACACAGUGGUUAAGCAUUCAGCUGCUAACCAAAAGGUUGGUGGUCCAAAUCCACCAGCUGCUCCUUGAAAACCCUGUGGGGCAGUUCUACUCCAUCCUAUAGGGUCACCAUGAG